AUGGUGCCCAAAGUCCAGGGCGAGCGCGCCAUCUAUCGAGGCAUCAACGUCGACAUCGAGGAGCUCAGACGUGUACAAGCAACCAGCACCGCCAUGAAUGUCGCCACCGCCAACACCGUGAUGACUCAGCCUGCGGCGGUACACGAAAUGACAACGCGCUCAAAGAACAAGGGGCGCUCCUCUUCGCAAUCCACCACGGGCUCGACCUCGACAGUCGCCACGGCGGUCGCCACGGCGGCAACCAAGGCUCGCGCCAAGCCCAGUAUUACGCCAGUUAAGAAGGCCAAGGCAAAAGAAAAGCUUCAGGGCACCUCUGCUGCAGCCGGCCCUGCCUACAAGCCGGACCAGCCCAAGAUCUCGUCUUUCUUUCACCGAGAUCACUCUCGCUCGUUGUGGCCUCACUCGCUGGUGGUAGGGGAGUUGCCCCCCACAAAUGGCUUGACACCUCAAAUCAUCGACCUCGUGCAAUAUAGGAUGAUGGCAGUGCCAACAGUACCUCAGGUGUAA